AUGACAGAAGCAGAACAUCCUGCCAUCCGGAUCACCACGGCUAGUCGGAUAUUUGAAGGUCAUAGGCAUAGUAUCUUUGCAGUUGUAGUAUUCCCCGAUAGACGCCGUAUGGUAACGGCCUCAUACGACAAGACCCUUCGUCUAUGGGAUAUAGAAGACGGUGUCGUAUUGAAGGUAAUGCAGGGGCAUCGCUUCGGCGUACGAGUAGCUGCGGUAUCAAGAGACGGGCAAUUCAUAGCGAGCGGUGAUUUCGGCGGAGAGCUCAUCGCCUGGAACAAAGAUGGCGAAUCCCUCACCCAACCCAUCAGAGUCCACUCCAACAAGGUUUUCUCGCUCGACUUUUCCCCAGACAGCUCAUUUCUGGCGAGUGGUUCAUUGGAUACCACCGUGGAGCUCUGGAACACAAAAACAUGGCAGGUUCAAGGAAAUCCAAUCAAUUGUGAGACUGAAAUCCGCAGUGUUCGGUAUUCGCCGUCCGGUGAAUAUCUUGCCAUCGCAACCAAGACAGAUAUCCAAAUAUGGAAUCCACGCAAGAGAGAAUGCAUCGCAAAGUUUCUGGGUCACUCUGCGUUCAACGGAGCAUGGAAUUACUCACUCACAUGGACGUCCGAUGGUACACGACUGUUCUCGACGGGCUCCAGGCUAGAUCCCACCAUAAGGGAGUGGGAUACAUCGACCUGGAAGCAGGUUGGUGAACCCUGCAAGGGCCAUACCGAGACUGUCUACAUGACCGCCCUCAACCCUGCUGGCACCCUUAUUGCGUCCGCAUCUGAGGACAAACAGGUUCGCCUCUGGCGGCUUUCGGAUCGAUCAACCAUCGCCAUAUUCAAGCAUCCGGGUCAGUUGUAUUGUGUCACGUUCUCCACGGAUGGCAAGCACAUCCUGACAGGAGGAAGUGCUGUUAUAAUCUCAAAGUGGGCAGUACCUUCAAGUUUGCUGGAGGACAUUCCCAAGGACCAGGCAUCAGAUGAUAUGCGGAACGACAUGGAGGAACAAGUGACAGAGAAUACUCAACAUUUUGAUUGUGAGAUUCUCACCAUCAACACGACAGCCCGCAAUGCAUGCAUCGCCGGCAACUUGCCUACUGCUGACAGGCUGCUUACCCAAGCGAUUGAAGCUGAUAGAAACGACUAUGACUCUUAUGCGAAUCGUUCGUUCGUCAAGGCAAGAAACUCAGACUGGGACCGUGCACUUGAUGACGCACUCGAAAGUAUUAGCAUUCAGCCAUCCUUGAUGGGCUGUAUCUCCAAGGGUAUCGCCCACUGUGGCAAACAACAGUUCCAAGACGCGAUGAAAGUAUUCGACCUCGCGUUCAUGUACGUGAACGCAGACUUGAAUAAAACUCGUCUUCUACUCUUAAUCAAGGCCAUCGCCCUUUUCAAUGCAAACCAACAUGACGAGGCAAUUCAGCGCGUCCAAGAACUAACUACCACUCGUCCCGAUGCGAACUCUCUUGCAUGUAGUAUUGUGGGAGCUUAUCUACACGUUCAACUGGGAAUGAAUGCAUUAGACGACGCACGUCACAAUGAAGCAGCUGACCACUUCACCACUGCCGUUAACAGUAUUACUUUCUCGUCCAAGUCUGCCAUCUAUUCUAGGUAUGAUAUCUUCGUGGUGCUAUUCGGAUGGGACCUCCGGUCCUUGUGGCGAACUGCACAUCAAAAUUGGUGCCAUGCGUUGCUUCAGGCAGGUAGACUUCCAGAAGCCAUCAAAGCAUACCGAUACAUGAUGGAUAAGGCUGAUGAGGCCACGAAGGCACGCUGCCUUGAUUGGUCCGCUGUUUUUAAGCAAGAUUGCAGUGUGCUCUAUGCUGCCGCUGGAGUGGCUGACCUCGCUGCGAGCGGCGAUGCUGCCCUCGUUGCAGGCGAUUACGACAGGGCUAUCGAGCUCUACUCUGCAGCGAUCGACCUCGAUUUGGCAACUGGUACAAUUUUUGCGAACCGUAGCAAGGCGAGGUCGGGAAAAAUGCUAUGGGACGAUGCACUCCUUGACGCAGAGAAGGUGAUCGAACUCGACCCCUCAUCUUACUUUGGAUAUCAGUUGAAGCAUGCAGUACUUCAUGGCGCACAUCGUUAUGACGAAGCCAUCGAGGUAUUCAAAAUCAUGUUCUCCAAGUUGGAAAAUACUCCCGUCUCGCAAACACAAAACUUGCGCCAACAGUAUCUUAGUCCAUCGGAAGCAGAGCGUGCUAUUGAAGAUAGCAUCAAGGUUCAGCUCGACAACGCCCCUCAUCGUCUAAUCAACACCUCCACUGGACGCUUGUGCAAUCGUGAGGCGCAGAUCGAUGCCUUCAAAACGAGUACAGAAUACAAGGAGCUUUUGUCAUCAACACUGGUGCACGUAAAGCUCCCAAUGAAGCGCAUCCAGGAGGUGGUGGCGAUGUACUUCCGUUAUGUUAUGCUAUCGCAUAGGUGGGAAGGGAAGGAACCAUCGCUGCAUGUCAUCCAGGACAAGAUAGUAUAUGACCUGGAUCCAGUUGGCGGCAUCGCGAAGUUGCAGUCAUUCUGUAGAACUGCUCGUGAUGAAGGCUAUCGCUGGGCAUGGAUUGAUACGUGUUGCAUCGACCAGACUAACAACGUUGAGGUUCAAGAAUCAGUCAAUUCCAUGUUUCUCUGGUAUCGUCACUCAGCACUCACCAUCAUCUACCUUUCGGAUGUUCCGCCUUCGUCGCAGCCUGGCGCACUCGCAAGUAGCGCUUGGAACACUCGAGGAUGGACAGUUCAAGAAUUUCUGGCCCCGACAUUUGUACUCUUUUAUCAGAGGGAUUGGUCCCUGUAUCUUAACGAUCGCUCUCCCAACCACAAGCAUUCCAGUGCAAUCAUGCAGGAGAUGGGAAAUGCGACAGGCAUAGAUGCACAGGCCCUCGUCGCAUUCUGUCCGGGGAUGAGAGAUGCCCGGGAGAAACUUCAAUGGGUGUCGGCACGUGUCACUACAUGGCAGGAAGAUAUCGCAUAUUCAUUGUUUGGUAUCUUCAGCGUCAACCUGCCUGUCAUUUAUGGGGAGAAGAAGCAAAACGCACUGGGGAGGCUCUUGCAGGAGAUCGUAGCUCGGUCAGGUGACAUCACCGCCUUGAACUGGGUGGGGCAAUCAUCCGAAUUCAAUAGCUGUCUGCCGGCCGAUAUUUCCUCAUACAAAGCUCCACCAUAUACCCCUUCAUCUCUGUCUGAAGAUGAUAUUCAGACAUCAAUCUCCUCGCUCCGACAUACCAUGUCUGUGGAACUGGCAUUGAAAAUCUAUGCCCUGCUUGACGAACUGAACGCGCCUCGUUUCGCUAACUGCAGACUGCAUCUGCCUUGCAUCGCAUUUCAUGUCACAGCAGUUAAACGAACUCGUGCUGAAGACCAAAACAUAUAUGAAGUCAAGGCCGACGGGCUUCAUGACCUGCUGAUCGUCACGAAGGACAAGUUGAAUCAGUUCUCAUCUCCACGACCCACUAUGCAGACAUUCUUGCUUGUUCGUCCAUGGAAUCGUUAUCUCCUUGAGCUUCCUGACCUCGCGGAACCGUCUGGCUCGGCAGAGCUGCUUGACGAAUCUGAUGACACAGAGAGCGAGAAAGAUCAGUCUGCGCCCGGGCUUUCAUCACAGAGUUCGCCUGAUGGGUUCUCUGAAGCACAAGAUUUGGUUGAUUCGGAACUGAGCGAUCGAGCCUUGCGGUUGAUCGUUCACCUUAAACAGCCUUUUGGCGCGUUCUUGCUAGCGCACCAGCGUGGCGGAGAAUACAAGAGAAUCACGUCAGAUCAUGAUAUUAUUGCUCAAGUCAAAGAUCUUUCUUCUAUCCCGGGCAUGACCAAGACGCUAGAAAUAUUGUAG